GUCCAGGUGCGCGCCGCACGCUGGGACCUUGUGGACUCGGGCAGCCAGGAUCUCUCCGCGGGCGUGGCGGAGGUCGCCCAGAAGGCCGCGGCCGCGGUGGCCUCUCCAGGGCCACCUCCGUGCUUCGCGCUGCUGACCAUCCCGGCGACAUGGGGCGGGGAGAUCGCAAUGGCGUCGCAGCAAAUCCGGGCGGCGCUCCCUGGAGGUAUCCCGCUGGUGGGCAUCCACUCGGGCGAGUCCAUUCGUGUUGCCAUCGCGCGCAGCGACGGAGGAGCUGCCGUGCCCUUGUCCGUGGGCAAGGAGCAGCUGGGCCAGUUGGGCAAGGGCACGGCCGCGCAGAGCCCUAUCCCGGGCGUACCCGACGGGGCCCACGGUUCGCUGCUGCUGUUCGCGGACCCGCAAGUGCCAGCGGCUCUGACCAGGAACUUGUUGGAGGCGCUGGACGCGCGGUAUCCGAACGCCACGAAGUGCGGCGUGGUGGUGGCGCCAGGCAAGGCGCAGGCGGCCGCCGCGGCGCCUGAGCUUGAUUGGGAGCCAGCUAAGGACUCGGGGCGUCAGCUCCGGACCAGAGACCGCAGCGACGGCCACGGGUGGAUCAGGGGCGACCCGACAGUGGAUUCCACCGAUGAUGGGGCGGUCGUGGCGAUGGUCUCCGCAGAGUUCACCAGGAGGCCGUUCGGUGUGAAGCGGUAUUGCCCUUGCCUGGACGGCAAGGGUGCUAUGAUUCGUCAGGUGGGCCAGCAGAUUCUCGAGAUGCAGGAGAAGGGGCGCUACAAGGGGGAUGCCAUGGGCCAGUGCGCCGACAAGGGGGUCAAGCUGGGCAUGGUGGUGAGAAGCAUCAACGGCGAGGACAUGCGCUCCAGGCCUUUCGAGGACGUCAUGGACCUCCUCGGCGACCAGGGCAUCGCGGACCCCGACGCGAAGUCCGCGGCGACGUGGGGCGAGGGCGGGAAGCUGGCCAGGCAGCCGCUCCCGGAGGCGCCACUCCCCGUGUCCGUCGAGUUCGCGGCCGUGCGGGGUGGCGCGGGCUCGGGAGCGGCGCACAUGUCGCUCGAUGGGGAAGCGAAGAUGGACGUCGUCCUGGGGCUCGCCCUCCAGGGUGCCGCGAGCUCCUCGCUGGACCUCGUCGGCUGCCAGCCGCUGGGCCCUGCGCUGGAUGUCGCGAAGGCUGGCGCCAACACGGACGGCGGCUUCUCGGUCGACGUGGUGGUGGUGAACGGCAAGGCGAUGCCAGCGGCGAUGGCCCUGAAGGGCUAUGCCAAGGCGGCCGGCCUGUCCACCAUGCAGGGCGUCUGCGUGGGCAUGCGCCGGCCCCAGGUGGCAGACGGAGCCCCCGCGGCGGCGCAGUGGUCGGUGUAUCCGAUGGCCGGCGUCACCCCGCAGGGAGGCCUGGUGCUCAGGAGCGACAGAAUCGGGGAAACGUAA